AAAUUGUCUACCGCCUAAUUUUAUCGAUUCUUUUUGGCAUAUGACCAAACUGCUCUCGUAUCGUUUAUUAUCAAUCUAAUUGUUGAAUUAAUAAAGCUUGUGGGUGAGACAAUUAUUAAUUGAACAGUAUAAUUGAAACAGUUUGUUAGCGACGGUGUGAAUCAAGAACUAUUUAAAAAAAACGCGGGUCAUUAAUAAUGUCCCACGUCGAUCUACUGAAAGAGGCAAACAAGAAAAAAGAUGGUGACCAACUGUUCAAACCUGAAGAAAACUUCCAGGCCCUUAUGGGGGACGACGAGGACACUGUAGCUUUUGUAUUCCAACAUAUCAGCUCCGAAGAUCAUCUUAUGACCUCCGUGGCCAGGACAACCAGAGGGAUUCUCAGUUUUGGUGCGAUUGUUAAGGGAGAAAUUGAUCAUCAAAGUGAUAUUUCUUUGGACAGUUCCGAUAUAUCUGAGAGAAAACCGUUUAGACAUUGGAAACCUUCCUUGGUGGUCGAAAAAACCGAGGUGGUAUGCAACGAGGGUGACCAGGCGAUGCUGCAAGUGCAAAUUAACGGAUAUCCGAGGCCAGAUAUGAGAUGCACGUUUCAAGACGUUCCUAUUAAGCCCAGUUCAAAAUAUAAAAUUUAUCAUGAGAAUCACGAGCAUAUUCUUCUGUUGGUUAUUAAAGACGUACAGUUUGAGGAUGCCGGGAUCUACACCAUCAUGGCAGAAAAUGAAAUCGGGUUCGAUUCAGUUGAUAUUAAUUUGAAAGUUAUUAGGCAAAAGUAUCCGGUAUUGAAGUCUAAAAUUGAAGAUUUAUCUAUAAGUGUUGAUGAAAUUUUAAUUGUUCCGGUCAUAGUUGAUGGAAUUCCUACACCAGAAGUUGAAUUUUUAAAAGAAGGCAAACCAAUCUUGCAAAACGAUCAUAUACAGGUGGUAGAGAAUUAUCCGACAUUUACUUUGGUACUUAAGGACACCAAUUUAAAAGAUACAGGAGUUUAUUCUGUAAUAGCGACCAAUUGCCUAGCUCAAGUUUCCCAAUUCUGGGGCGUUUACGUUUACAGUAAGCCACGUUUCCUGCAAAAAUUAGGUUGCGAUCAAAUAGUGUCCCAGAACGUUACGGUGACUCUGAAAGCGAAAAUAGAGGCCGAACCUAGGGCCGCCAUAAAAUGGUACAAAGAUAACUUGCAACUGGUCAAUUCCAGAAAGAUCCUCAUCGAUGACGAGGAAGGUUUUUACAUUUUAAAGAUCAGGAAUGUUGGCAUCCAUGAUGCUGGUUUAUAUACAUUUAGAGCAAGCAAUGCACAUGGAGUUUGUGAAGAUACUGUUAGCAUUUUCGUGAAAAAGGCUCCUACUAUCGUGGAGUCUUUUGAUGAUGCUCUGGUACUGGAACAAGACGUUUUCCAUAUUAUCCAUAAUGUUGAAUUUACUAUAAAACUGGAGGUGUUUCCUAAACCGGAAGUGAAAUGGUACCUAGAUGGAGAUGAAAUCCUGGAUAAAAUUCCGGAAUUCACCAGAAUCCAAACUGACGACACUAUUAAGCUAAUUGUCAAUGAACCCACGACAGAACUCUCAGGAGAAUAUUUGUGUAGGAUAACAAAUGAGUGUGGUCAAGCUGAAGCUAGUGGGAGGUUAACAGUAAACUGCUCUCCAAGAUUAAUGGUGAGUCUAAACGAUCUCACCAUUGAAGAACAUUUCACUAUGACCUUAGAAGUGGUGGUUAGAGGUUAUCCUUCACCACGUUUCAAGUGGUUCAGGAACAAUCAGGAGAUGGAGCCUGACGAUCGGAUCCAGUUGGGCAUGGAGGCUUAUGGAAAGAAAAAAUACAAAAUAUUUUGCAAUAUUUAUGAUAUCUGUUAUGCCGAAAGAGGCGAGUACGAGGUCAUGGUCGAAAAUAAUUUCGGUUCUUUAAAGAGUAAAUGCCUGGUAAACGUGUUGACGAAACCGAUCAUUCUAGAAGCUGCAAUGCGCGACGCAGUAAUAAAAGAGGGUGACGACGUGACUUAUAACGUCAGGGCAUUCGGAAAUCCCGCACCGGAAGUAACCUGGUUAUGGGAAGGAACGACCAUUAAUCCCGCAGACAAGAAGGACUGGAAUAAAAUUAUUACGUCACAUAAUUUAAAUGAGUUUCGGUUGGGUAUAAGGAGAGCCAGGAUGGUGGAUGCUGGUGUUUACCAGUGCGUUCUGGAGAAUUGCGUUGGGACGGUCAGGCACAGGGUUGCUUUGGCAGUUUUACGUAGGAAAAACGACGAUUUGUGAAGUUUGUAUAAAUUUGUUUGUAUUGGGUAUAGGCUGAUUAAUAAAGAUUAAUUUUUGACAA